CCUCUUGUCAUUAUUUAUUUCCGGCUGCUUUUCUACUUUUUGCUCAAAUGUCUGGACAUCGUUACGAAUCGGUUGGCGACGGAAACAUCGGCGUCGAAUCCGAGGUCAUUUCGCCCGCAUACGACUCCGGCAGCGGCAACGACAGCGUCGGCUACGAGACAACCAUCCCAAUCCACCCGAGGAUCCUUGCACCACUUUGCUACAUCUUGCCGCUCGCGCCAGCACUCAUAAUUCUUCUGCUUGAACACCGCAACACGUACGUCCGCCUGCAUGCCUGGCAGUCCAUCAUCCUGGGCCUGGCUGCCGGGACUGCCUCAAUGCUACUGUUUUGGAUUCCGUUUAUUCCGUCGCUUGUCCAAAUCGCCGGCCUCUUUGCGGGCUUCUUCUGUGCCUUCCACGCGUGGAAAGACUCGGACACGCUGACCUUUUUCAAGCUGGGCGUUAUCGGCGACUUUGCUGAGCGCCAGGUGCUGGGAGCUACUGUCCUUCCCUUCUAAGCGUGUUGAGGGCGGGUGUUCGCGCGAGCAGGUGCUAUUACAGUUACAAUUAAUAUUUCUUUGUCUUUUUCGUCGUGUUUAAAUUAUAUUUCUCGAUAGCUUGAA